AACUAUUUGGCUGUACAAAAGCAGUUUAUAUACAGGAAACGCGCGUUCUACGAUAAAGAAGACAAAUAGAUAUUCCACGAUGCAAACUUUUUUACAAGCUGUACGGAUUAUCACUUUUGUAGCUUUAUUUUUAGACGCUAGAACACACCAUGUAGAUAAAUCGAUUCUUCCUGAUGAGGACACAUCAAAUCAUUUUCAUGUGAAUCAUGACGUAAUCAAAACAUAUGACAAACCAAGUGGAUUAACCAAUAUUUUUGAUUACGUUGUAACACGGCCGACUUUGUUUAGAGUUGUCUUAUUAAUUCCUGCUAUUGGAUUUGGUUGUUAUGUUUAUUGUUUGGCGCGAUGGGCCCUAGAUGAUGAGAGCACAGUAGUAGAGAUAUUACGAGAUAGUGUGUUUUGUCUAUGUUUUCCACUUACAUACGUUUUGCUAUUGUUUUCAUUCUUGUGGCGCAAAAUUGUGGAAUUAACAAGACCCGCAAUCGAUGAAAAUUCUAAUGAAGUGAGAUUUAGAACAAGAAAUAACAAUCCAAAUGUACAAGAGAUUGAUGAGUAAGAACAACCUGAUAAAAGUGAUCAACAGUUUUAUACUUACCUAUACUAUUAAUAUUAGUAUAUAAAUAGGUAAUAAUGUAGAAAAUUUUGCGUAUUUCAAAAUUGAUCAGAGAAUGGUAUUUUUUAAUAGACACACAUGCACACAUGUGUUUGAAUAGCAGAUUUUAUAGAAUUUAUACUAUAAUAGAGCAUAAAUUCUAUUGCAACUGAAUUUAACUUCCUCUAACUUAUAUUGUGGAUAAAAAAAUUUUAAUUAAAAGAGAAACACAUUUUGAAAGAAAAAAGGAAAGUUUUAGACAUUUUUAGAAACUUUUCACAAUUAUCAACAAGAAAUAUAUAAGGCCUUACGAGCCAUUCGUAGGAUGUUUGUGCGGAAA